AUGCACUCCUUCCAACUCCUCGGCCUGGCUGCCCUGGGCUCUCUCGCUGCUGCUGCUCCCCACGCCACCCCCGUCGACAAGAGAGCUUCUUCCUGCACCUUUACCGACGCCGCAAAGGCCUCCGAGAGCAUCUCCUCCUGCUCCUCCGUCGUCCUCAAGGACAUCGAGGUUCCCGCCGGUGAGACCCUCGACCUGUCCGACGCCGCAGACGGCGCCACCAUCACCUUCGAGGGCACCACCUCCUUCGGCUACAAGGAAUGGAAGGGCCCUCUCAUCCGUCUCGCCGGUAAGGGUGUCACCAUCACCGGUGCCGACGGCCACGUUAUUGACGGCGAUGGCUCCCGCUGGUGGGACACCAAGGGCACCAACGGUGGCAAGACCAAGCCCAAGUUCAUGUACGCCCACAAGCUGGAGGACUCGACCAUUAAGGGCCUUUCAAUCAAGAACACCCCCGUCCAGGCCAUCAGUGUGCAGGCCACCAACCUGCACUUGAACGAUAUCACCAUUGACAACUCGGAUGGUGACGACAACGGUGGCCACAACACCGAUGGUUUCGACAUUAGCGAGAGUACCGGUAUCUACAUUAACGGUGCUACCGUCAAGAACCAGGAUGACUGCAUUGCCAUCAACUCUGGAGAGAACAUCGAAUUCACCGGCGGCAAGUGCUCCGGCGGCCACGGUCUCUCCAUCGGCUCCAUUGGCGGCCGUGACAACAACACCGUCAAGAACGUCACCAUCUCCUCUUCCAGCGUCACCGACUCGGCCAACGGCAUCCGCAUCAAGACCAUUGUCGACGAGACCGGCUCCGUCUCGGACGUCACCUACUCCGACAUCACCCUCUCCGGCAUCACUGACUACGGUAUCGUCUUCGAGCAGGACUACAAGAACGGCGGCCCGACUGGCGAGCCCAGCACCGGCAUCCCCAUCACUGAUGUUACCGUUGACGGCGUGACUGGCUCCGUUGAGGAUGACGCUACCCCCAUCUACAUUCUGUGUGGCUCUGGCUCGUGCUCUGACUGGACUUUCACCGGUGUUGACAUUACCGGUGGCGAGAAGAGCUCCAAGUGCUCCAACGUGCCUUCUGGUGCUUCUUGCUAG